UUGAAGAAGACCGUCUCCUGGACCUCGCUAGCUAGUUGAGCCUGGACGGUAAAAGGCGAAGAGAAACGUCGUUUUUUUUUGUUUUUACAGUCUUUAAAUAAGCGUUAAACGCAGAAUGGCGCUUCGGCCGCCCUCAGACGAUCUGUUCGACUCCAUUCUGAUGGCGGAUGACAGGUUUCAUGUUGAAGGCUACCGUGAAGGUUUUGAGGAGGGAACACGGCAAGGAACGAUUGAGGGCAGAAACCACGGGAGACUACAUGGGGCCAAACUCUCUGCUGAGGUCCACAACAGUACAACAUUACAGCCUCACAUGGUCACAUGGAAAUGUCUUCUCCAAAACAGCGAGGACGUGAAAGCAAGGAAAAGGUUGAAAGCUGUUGAGUCUUUGGCUGGACUGAUCCAGAUGUUUCCCUAUGAAGAUCCACAGUAUGAGAACCUCCAGGAAGACAUGGAAAGAGUGAGGGCCAAGUUUAGACAGGUCUGUUCCUUACUGAACGUGGCUGCGGACUUCCGUGAGUACGUCAGUGGAUCGGCAGGAAUGUCCUUCUGAAAGACUGAAAGACACCUUAAAUGUGCCAUGGAGGCUCAGAGUUCCCAGAGGUGUUUUCUAAUGUUAUUGAGAACACUGAAAUGGGAAUACGCCAGGAACAGUGCUGUCCUGCUUGCGUGAAGAGUUGAGGCUUUAUGAGGUGAACACUGGGUUCCUUUUCUUAAACCUCGGGCCUUUGGGUUUGAUGUGUAGAAGGGAAAAGCGAAGAAAGUAGUCCAAAAAUGAGAUGGCAGGUUUUUGAGAGUGCUGUGAAAGGAGCCUACUGCUUGAUGGCGAGUGUGUGAUUACUUUUACUUGAAAUGACAGAAAUGCUGUAUGCUGAAUGCUGUAAUUUUAGUCGAUAUACACCGGUCAGGCAUACCUUUAUGACCAUCUCCUUGUUUCUACACUCAA